CUACCUUCGAGGCGGUCAGGGGCUGCUAACAUUCUGAGGGCCCGCCAGACUCAGGCCCUUAGAGGCCCCUGGAUCGGUGCGGUAGGCCGUCAAAAACCCUUCUAGCAGACAAGCCCUCAGGGAUAACGAGGGCUCUUCCCAGUCUUGGGGCCUGGCUCGCUCCACCUCUCGCGCCCGAACCCCCACCCUUGCUUCUGAAUUCCCUCGGCGUUUUCGUUUUCCUAACGUUGGGCGCAACACAGCCUGCCCCUCAAAGAGCGCCCUCUUUAGAAGGAUGUGGAUGGACGCACCUAUAGGGUUAAUACCGAUGGAGAGCCCCGACGCCACCUGACCAAGCCGCGGACCGCAGCCGCAAGCCCACAGGCGGCGCGGAGCUUCCUGGGAGUUGUAGUCUGCACAGCGGGGUUGUAAAACCGCAGGCGCUGCUGGGAAAUGUAGUGCGUGGGCGGAGCUCAAAGUUCCAGCGCGGCGGCCGAGUCUCCCCUGGGGAGUGGGCGGCUGCCCCUUUCCUCUCAGACCCAGCUGUCAAGUGAGGGCUAAUCCCGCCGGAACCCAACACAGCCCAGCGCCUGCAUUAGGCGCAACGUCGAAGUUACGGGCCGACUCAAGCUUCUAGGGACAUGAGGAGCAGGACAACUUCCCUGGGUUAAUCGAGUUGUGGUCGCCAAGAGAAGAAAGCGGAAGAUACUCCUCUCUUGCUAGGAGGACGCGCUUCUUUUUUCACCCUUUUGUUCUCUUCCCUCCUUGGCUUUUGGCGUCUGACUGGCCUUUGUACGCCGGAACGGAACUCCAACUCCCGGCAGGCGACUGGGGCAAGCGCAGGCGUGGCAGAGGGGCUCAGCCACGCUACGAGAGCGCUGUAUGCUAGCUGCUUUUCCUGCUCCCUCUCCUGGGAGGCGAAUCCCUGAGCCCGAGAUGGCAGCCACCCUGCUCAUGGCUGGGUCCCAGAUCGGACUUAAUACCCUUUGCCUCCUCAACAAUUCUAGCCAUAUGUCUAAUUUGAAGAAGAAAAACUGAUAGAUGCCAAGUAGAUGCCAAGUAAUGAGGAAGCAUUGUGUGAUUGCAGGCACCUGUGACAUUUGAAGAUAUGGCCAUGUACCUCACUCGUGAAGAAUGGAGACCCCUGGACCCUACACAAAGGGACCUUUACAGGGAUGUUAUGCAGGAGAAUUAUGGGAAUGUUGUCUCACUGGAUUUUGAGAUCAGAAAUGAGAACGAGGUGAAUCCAAAACAAGAGAUUAGGGAAGAUGUAGAAUUUGGGACCACAUCCGAAAGACCUGUUGCGAAUACUGAGGAAAAUCCUGAAACUGAAGAGGCCUUUGAAAGCAGGGAUAGAUCGGAAAGACAGUGGGGAGAUUUAACAGCAGAAGAGUGGGUAAGCUAUCCUCUCCAACAAGUCACCGAUCUGCUUGUCCACAAAGAAGUCCACACAGGUAUCCAAUAUCAUAUAUGUUCUCACUGCGGAAAAGCCUUCAGUCAGAUCUCAGAUCUUAAUCGACAUCAGAAAACCCAUACUGGAGAUAGACCCUAUAAAUGUUAUGAAUGUGGAAAGGGCUUCAGUCGGAGCUCACAUCUUAUUCAACAUCAAAGAACACACACUGGGGAGAGGCCCUAUGACUGUAAUGAGUGUGGGAAAAGUUUUGGAAGAAGUUCCCACCUCAUUCAGCAUCAGACAAUCCACACUGGAGAAAAGCCCCACAAGUGUAAUGAGUGUGGGAAAAGUUUCUGCCGGCUUUCUCACCUAAUUCAGCACCAAAGGACCCAUAGUGGGGAGAAACCCUAUGAGUGUGAAGAAUGUGGGAAAAGCUUCAGCCGGAGCUCUCACCUAGCUCAGCACCAGAGGACCCACACAGGCGAGAAGCCUUAUGAAUGUAAUGAAUGUGGGCGAGGCUUCAGUGAGAGAUCUGAUCUCAUCAAACACUACAGAGUCCACACAGGGGAGAGGCCCUACAAGUGUGAUGAGUGUGGGAAGAAUUUCAGUCAGAACUCUGACCUUGUGCGCCACCGCAGAGCCCACACAGGAGAAAAGCCUUAUCACUGUAAUGAAUGCGGGGAGAAUUUCAGCCGCAUCUCACACUUGGUUCAGCACCAGAGAACCCACACUGGGGAAAAGCCAUAUGAAUGUAAUGCUUGUGGGAAAAGCUUCAGCCGGAGCUCUCAUCUGAUCACACACCAGAAAAUUCACACUGGAGAGAAACCCUAUGAGUGCAACGAGUGUUGGCGAAGCUUUGGUGAACGGUCAGAUCUCAUUAAACACCAGAGAACCCACACAGGAGAAAAGCCCUAUGAGUGUGUGCAGUGUGGAAAAGGUUUCACUCAGAGCUCCAACCUCAUCACACAUCAAAGAGUUCAUACGGGAGAGAAGCCUUACGAAUGUACCGAAUGUGAGAAGAGUUUCAGCCGGAGCUCAGCCCUUAUUAAACAUAAGAGGGUUCACACUGACUAAGUCAUGUAAGGAUGACUUGAAAAUGAUUUGUAUGAAGGUACACAUUCAUUUGCUAUCAAAGAACUCCCUCAAGACUGAGCUGCUUUUAACGUACUGAAUUUCCUUGUUGUGGGCCACAGUUUAAAACAUUAAAGAAGACAAGUCAUUUGAAAAUGUGACCCAUGACUUUGGGAAUGUUGGCUGCUCCUCCGAAACAGUUACUUCUAUUCACUUAAUUAAGGAAUUAAUUCAUCAUCAUAAUCCCCACAAGGACAGUAAUUAGAAAUCUGAAGACCAGGGGGAUAAAUGCUUAGGCCUGGAAAUGGAGUAAAUCUUUAAAAGCUAUUUCUCCCAUCCUUGGCCCAAAAAACUAUGCUAGGGGAAAUGUUGGACCGUAAUAGGAUGGUCACAUCUGCUUUGGAAACAGCCAGUCAGAGACUGCCUGAAUUGCCACACCUACUCACUCACCAUAGUAGUUGGGCACACACAACUUCCCCUUCAAAGGGCUUUUUCCUUGAGUUGCUCAUGCGUUUGUAUCCGUCUUCCUGACAGCAGGUUUCUGCACCAUGAAGGCAAUGAUCAUAACUUUUCUCAUUGUUUCUAAUUGACUUUUUUAAAGCUUGCACCUAUGUGAAAGCUAACUGAAGAAACCAAUCAAAAGGAAAAAUGAGACACAGUUUUGGGGACCAAGGAUCAUCAAUGGUGGUGACUUUAGCAAGAGAUGCCCACUGUUAUUAUUGCCAUUAAUCAGAAUUUAUUACUUUUCUUUGGGGAUCAUUGUAGGGAAAAUACCUUCAAGGAAAUAUAGGACCAUAGGCGAUGGUGGAGUAUAAGGAGCAAGUGGAAUUGACCACUUGAGGGAAGGAAGCACAGAGUCCCUUCCCAAGGAACACAGGUCAUUUUUGUGUUCUUUCCCCUCUACCCUUUAAGAUCAAUUCUCCCUAUACUACUAAUUCUAGGAUUUGAUAAGGGCCACAUCCCAGUGUUUAUCUUGGCUUGUAUAAGGGCAUGUGUGUAUAUAUAGUAAAACGUGUAUUCCUGUGGUUUUUCCAAUAGCAGAAACUGAAUUCACAAAGAAUUAGCAUGUUCUUGGGUGAUACUGAUCAUGUGACAGAACUACAGACAUAACUCCAAUGCAAGAAAUGUCCUUUUGUCUUCAUUAUGAAAAAAAUACCCAUAAAGUCUAGUGCUCUGGUGUGCACUCUCCUGUAAGAUCUGUCUUUGUACAGAACUAAGCACUUGUUUAUAUGUAUCAGCCAGUUUUGGGAGAUAAUGACUGAACAAAUUGGUUGAUCUGUUCUCAGACUGAACUGUCUUCUCUUUGGCCUAGUUACAAGAAAUUAAUAAUCCUAGGUAGGAAUGUAUUCCCAUCUUUCCAGCCUACAGAUAUUAAGUGGUUAAAAUAAGAGUUGACCAAUUUAAGUCCAUUAGUUCUCCUUAUCUCAGCCCAAAUAGACAUUAAAUAUCCCAAAUGAUGAUGCUUAUCCAAGCAUUUGGGGAUGGAAGUGUGAGGGAAUUAAUGCCCAGGAGAUGGGACUAGAAUAAGGACUGUACUUUUUUGAGAGUGCCCCAAGCUAUUUCUACUGUGCUUUAUUGUGAGUGUUGUAACAUUUGAAAAAUACUUUUGCCAUAGCUCUUUGGGAGUUGGUGUUAAAGGGGCCAGUGGUCUCUCUUGGGGAGUAUACUACAGUGGGUUAUUGUGACCCACAGCUGUGUGGGACUGCAUCCCUUGCAAUGACACAACCUUGAAAGUAACAAAAUGAAAAACUGCUCCGUCAGGGAGGUUUCGCUAUGUUGCCACUCCUGUUUAAAAACACUUGGGCAGGAAGCAUGUUUUUCAAUAUGAAAUCUAGCCAGCUGUAGGUUUCCUAUUUCAUUGUUGAAUGACUUACAUGUUCUUGAUGACUAAACUCGAAUAUGUCUUUUCCUAUAUCAGUGCUGCUGAUGGUUUUAAUAUAUAUCAAAGUUCUGUUGUUUCUGUGAGCCACUCUAGGCAUCAGCUUUCCAGUGGCCGUAGAAGACAGCAUUUCCAUGACAUAAGUGUAUUUCACCCUGCUCUCCUUCCCUGCUCUCCUGGCCCACCCCAGGCUCUCCCUGCUGCUGCUUUUGGCUUUUUAGAGUUGAGGGGCCCAAGAAAAGGCUUCUAAGUGCCCCAGCCAGUUCUCCAUACAUGUACACUCCACAUGGGAAGUUGAAAGGGCAAGGGCCAGACAGCUCUGUCUCCUCUCUCUCUGCCAGUUUGCUGCCCAUUUGCUGUGUUGAACUUUGUGUAGAAGUUAAGCAUCUGACUCUCUUUGCUGAUGCUUUUUGCAUGGCUUCCGCUGCCAUCUCCAGCUGCUUCUGCGCACACCCUGAACACUUUGUGCCUGUUUUCUAUGGUUGUGGAGAGUGAGUGAACCAGUAAGUAUGUAGAGCAGUUAUUCUUAACGGUAUUGGUCACAGUUACCCUAGUGUCUAUCUACAUCUGUAUUCUAACAAUAUUCUAUAAUUAAAAGCAUAAUUUGUAAAAUCGAAAAA